AUGAUUUCAUUAACGUGGGGACUGAUGUGUUUCAUUUCCAUUCAAGUAUCGGGAUCCCUGGCAAUUGCCCCCAAGUUUGGGUCACGCCACCGGCAGAUCCACUCAAUCAGUCCCUCAGUCUCCCGAGUGUCCCCGCGUGUCUCUACAAGGGGCCAUCAGCGCCCUGGCAAUGUCAAAUCCAUCGAACUAACCUCUGAUGAAAUGCCAAGUGUUGAACGUUUUCAAGACGUCCAGCUGAUUGAAUACAACGGCCGAGGCUUCCAGCAGAAGGGUGGACGGACAGGUACCAACAACUACCUGACGCAGGACAUAGGGACUGCUGUCAAUGGAGCAACAAGAUCAAACUGCAGAAAUCGGCCUAUAGACCUGGUGUUCAUCAUCGACAGUUCCCGCAGUGUACGUCCUGCUGAGUUUGAAAAGGCCAAGGAGUUCCUGCAAGACAUGGUGGACAGCUUGGAGGUCGGCUCAGAUUCCACACGAGUAGGCCUCGUCAAUUAUGCCAGCACAGUGCAGAUCGAGUUCCUACUCAAGACCUAUUUUGACAAGUCUGCCAUGAAACAGGCCCUGGCCCGAAUUGAGCCCUUGUCUUCAGGUACCAUGACAGGCAUGGCCAUCCAGACUGCCAUGGAGAAAGCUUUCACAGCGGAGGCAGGGGCCAGAACUACCUCAACGAGCAUCACCAAAGUAGCCAUCAUAGUGACGGACGGGAGGCCUCAGGACAAGGUGGAAGAGGUAUCGGCCGCUGCUCGGGCAUCUGGGAUUGAGAUCUACGCAGUGGGAGUAGACAGAGCUGAUAUGAUGUCCCUCCGCCUCAUGGCCAGCCAACCUCUGGAUGACCAUGUCUUCUAUGUGGAGACCUAUGGUGUCAUAGAGAAGCUCACUUCCAAAUUUAGGGAAACCUUGUGUGGUAAGGAUGAUGAGGGAAGUGGAAAUGAUGAUUACGGACUAGGCCUAGGUGACAGAAAAGACGGUAAUGGGAUAAAUAAUGAAAACGUCGAUAAAGGAAAUGAUGGUCUGGAUGCAUGUGCCCGAGGACACAAUUGCCAACACAUUUGUGUCAACAGUGGAGACUCAUACAACUGCCAGUGUCGUGCAGGCUAUGUCUUGAACCCGGACCAGAAAACAUGCUCACGUGUGGAUACAUGUGCCCAGGGACAUGACUGCCAACAUAUUUGUGUCAGAAGUGGCGACUCUGAGAUCUGCAUGUGUCAUGAGGGAUAUGUGUUGAAUGCAGACCAGAAAACAUGCUCACGUUCUGAUCCAUGUGCCAAUGGACAUGAUUGCCAGCACAUUUGUAUAAAUAAUGAUGACUCAUACAUCUGCGAUUGUCAUGAGGGAUAUGUGUUGAAUCCAGAUAUGAAAACAUGCUCACGUUCUCAAACUGAUGCAUGUGCCAUGGGACACGACUGCCAACACAUCUGUUUCAACAAUGGGAACUCGUACAUCUGCAAGUGUCAAGUGGGAUACGUAUUGAACAUGGAUCAGAAAACAUGCUCACAGGAAAUGAGAAGUGAAAUAACUCAAGAUGCCUGCAAGUGUGAAGCUCAGAUUUUGUUCCAGACGAAAGUGCAGUCGACUAUUCAGGAGUUGAGCAGAAAACUUGAUGAACUUUCAGAGAAAGUGAACCUGCUCGACAGCCAGCAGCAGUAUUAA